UCGAAGCGAAUUUAGCCAAUCGGAAUACCGUUCAUUGUGUUCUUCGUGAUUAUUCGUGACCAUUGACUGUUCAGAAUUGAUCUUUAUUCUCUCGAUCUUUCAGUGCCCAAUGUGAGAGAGAGAGCGCAUUGAUUAUAGCGUAUUUUUAUAUUUUUUUUACAAAAUUCAUGGAGUUGGGCAAGUAUAUCGACGCUCUAGUGGCAGAGAAGAACAGUUUAGACCCGUCGUAUCACGUACACGCCGUUCGUUUGUUAGAAGAAGAAAUUGAGAGGGUUGAGUCGGGUCAGAAGGAGACUAGUAAAGAUGCUAUGGAUAAUUACAACAACAACACUCCUGAAGGCAAGGCAGGCAUUGAGCCUCGGGAAAGGAAACAGAAUUACAUGCGACAGUAUGAACGUGAAGUCGAACCUUGUAUUAAACUGUCAGAAAAAGUUAUGAUACCAAUCAAAAAAUAUCCCAAGUUUAAUUUUGUUGGACGGCUUUUGGGACCAAAGGGACACACAUUUAAACGCCUUCAAAAUUUAACCGGAUGUAAAAUGUCAAUUUUGGGCAGAGGAUCAAUGAGAGAUAGAGAAAAGGAACAAGAACUUUUAGAAUCCGAUGAUGCAAAGCAUGGGCAUUUAAAAGAAGACUUGCAUGUCUUAAUUGAAGUGGAAGCACCUAAGGCGGAAGCACAUGGCCGUCUUGCAGCUGGUAUAGCUGAAGUUCAGAAAUUCCUCAUUCCAGAUCCGAAUGAUCCAAUCCGUCAAGAACAAAUGCGUGAGUUGGCGUAUCUAAAUGGCUUGGACGAGGGUCCUACUGCAGUUGCUGCUCCUGUUGCCACGGUGAUUGCAAGUCCUGUUGUGAGAGGUCGCGGCCGUGGUCGUAGUGUUGCCGUAAGGGGUACACAUGUUGUGAGGUCUUCGGUUACCCAUGCCCUACCACGAUCUGCAGUUGUGGCAACUGUCAGUACACCACGACAUGCAAGUACUGCACCAGAAACCUAUGCUUAUGAAACACAUGAUGCUGGUUAUGAAUAUGAACAAGCUUAUCCUGAAGGAGAGUUGGUUUACUACACAGACUAUGCUGCUCCUGAAACAAGCUACUCGUCAAAUUCAGGCACCGUGCGAUUAAAGGCACCAAUAAGAUCAAUGAAGUCUUCAGCCCGCGAGUCUACCUAUCCUUACUAAAACACAUCAGUGGCAUUUUUGUAUUCAAGUAGAGCCUUCUUCGUCAACUGUAACUAUGAGUGUCCCUGGAUGAAUCGUGAUAUAAACUUAAAUGUUCUUAGAAGUAGAGUAUUUUUAUACUAAAUGUAUUUUGUGCGUGAAAUUCAGGAUUUAACCCAGAGCAAAUGUAACCAAAGUAGAUUUGUUAAUUGUUAAUUUGUUGAUUUUGUUAAUUACUGACUAAUUAGUUGAUAGAUUUACAGAUACCUAUUUUUGUAAGAGCGUCAGUUUCUCUUUAAAUAUUUGUAUUGAUUUGAUAUACCAGUAACAAAUUACUUUUUUAACUGUUACAUGUUAAAUAUUCUCAUAAUAAAAAUGUCUUUUGAUAUAAACAAAUAAACUGCUGUUGUCCCUGUCUAAAUCUCAGAGAAGACAAUAAAAAAGGAUGCCACAAAUUUUUUUUUGGCUCGCUUGAGAUAUCCAAACAACCCGGUAACCUAUUUCUAAGUACUAAUAUGUAACUGAUAACAAGUUCUCUCUAUACGUGCGUUAAUUGAAAUAACAAGCAGUUAAAAUUCGACUAAAUUUUUUUAAUUUCUAAUUGACCUUAUAUACCCUCAACCCUCUUUUAUCAUAUCCGAGUGAUAUUUUGCAGGGCGUAAUUCUAGACGGCCAUUCCCCAUACUACGAUUUAUAACCAUGCACGUAGAAAUCAUAACAUUUGACAUGUGUGGUUUAAUCCUUGAUUUUUCAUAAUUGGGUGACGGAAAUGAUCUCUAUAUAAUCGAAAAAGUAAACUCAGUUAGCGG